AUGAGAAUUCCGAAACAGUCCCUUCAACUUCACUCAAGCAGUUUGAUUGGGGAGCAGUGCAAGCAAAAAGAGAAAGGGAAAGGGAAAGCAAAGGGUAAAGAAAGAAACAAAGAGGCAGGGGAAAGUGGCAAAAGGGCACAUGAUGAUGAUGAUGAUGAUGAUGAUGAUGAUGAUGAUGACAAAGAUAGGGAUGGUGGACCAUCUGCAUCUGCUAACCGCAAACUCCUUCACCUGUUCCUGAGGAGUAUUGGUGGUUCCAUUUACGAGAUCGACCACCUGCACCUAUUCUUCCAGCAACAUGGAAUUGAUGAUGCCCUCAUUGUCAUGCUUGGUUAUUAUCCACCAAAGCAGAUAGCUUCUGUUGUGGAAAUGGCCUUUGAGUUCUUCCACAUUUACAUUUGCUACCUCUGUGCAUAG